UGCAUGCGCAGUGGUUCUUUGCCGCCGGUUAGCUUGUCAUUUAACCGCAACACACGAACUGUGAUUAGUAUUAGUUCAAAAAACGAAGUUUUGGCUUAAUACAAUUGUGUUUUUUAGGUUUGUGUGGAAUCGAUUUAAUCUUCUGGGGUUGCAGCGGCAGCAGAAGUGGACAGUAGACCCGGUUUUUACCGUUCGUUUGUGGAGUCGGGAUUGUAAAGCUUUGUAGGCCGCAGUGUCUGACAUCAACAACAACAACAUGGCCGAUGAUUUUGACAUUGAAGCGAUGCUGGAGGCUCCAUAUAAAAAGACUUGCCUAUAUCUCACCUCUACUACCAUGAAUUCCAGUGUGAACUGUCAAAAAAAUGAAGGUAGUAAUUGCCCGAUAUAUUGAUGUACUGUGGUACCCUUGGUUGAAAUACAAAGGCAAAAUUAUACAUAGGUACCGCAAGAUUAAAUACAGUGGGUGCACAUAAGAGCUGGUAUAAACUCUGUGGAGACUGUAUUCAUGUUAUUGUAUGCAUGAUAUUCUUAGCUUCAUAUUUUUUAUCAUCAGGAAGUUUACUUUCUAAAUAGUUAGAACUAGAUUGCAUGUUUUACAGUAUAAAUGUAUGGUAGGAAACCACUUAAAAUGUCCCCAGUGCAGAAGUCCUGGAGUUGACAAACACAAGAAAAUCCACAGUCUCUCUUUAUUCCCCAUUCAUCACUUUGAAAAUAAUCUUAAUCUUAACGUUAAUCAUACUGUGAAUGUCAUCUCUUUUGGAGAAAAAAGUAUUUAUGCAUGCUGCUGAGAUUUAAAAGUAUUUAUGAAUGGUUGUUCUGCGGUUUUACAAACUGGAAAUGAUGGGGCUCAGCAUAUAAUGUCAUAACGUUCACCGUAAAAUAUAUUUAUCUUAUAAAUAAUCUAGCCUUUUAACAACUACUAAAGAAAAACACAACUUUAGAUGGUCUGUGGGAGUCCCUAUUACUAAGCCGUGUGAAUCCCUGUUUGCUUCAGGGCGAGAUGUGUGACUGAGGUGGCAUCGAGCUCUUUCUAUCCACGAAGGCAAAUGGGGUGAAGAUCACUGGAAUGGCAUCCACCACUGGAGCUCGUUUAGUGGCUGGCUGCUAGCGUUGCCACUUUGGGUCUUAGGCUCAGAUAGCCUUGGAUGACAGCAAGUCCUUAAGUACCAAUGGCCACGAGGAGCGGAGUAAGAAGAAAAAGAAGAGCAAAAGUCGCAGCAGAAGUCGCAGUCGGGAAAGGAAGAGAAGCAGGAGUCACGAUCGCAAGAGGAGUCAUGACCGCAGAAGGAGCCGCAGCAAAGAACGGAAGCGCAGCCGCAGCAGGGAGAGACGGCGCAGCCGUUCCAGGAGCAAGGAACGUGGUGGUCGCUACAGAGCCCCAUUUUCUGGCCUGAAAUUUAACGGUGUUCCCAGGGGGAAGACUGGCCCACCACCUGCCAUCAAACUAAGCCGUAAAAGGUCUAGAAGCCGCAGUCCUUUCAAGAAAGACAAAAGCCCUAUAAGACAGCCCAUUGAUAAUCUCACCCCUGAAGAAAGAGAUGCACGGACAGUAUUCUGCAUGCAGCUGGCAGCAAGAAUCCGACCACGAGACCUGGAAGAAUUCUUUUCUGCAGUAGGAAAAGUACGAGAUGUGAGAAUCAUCUCUGAUAGAAACUCCAGAAGAUCCAAAGGAAUUGCAUACAUUGAGUUUGUGGACACCUCCUCUGUACCUUUGGCAAUUGGCCUUUCUGGUCAAAGACUUCUCGGAGUACCAAUCAUUGUGCAGGCCUCACAGGCUGAAAAGAACAGAGCAGCUGCGUUGGCCAACAACUUACAGAAGGGCAGUUCUGGACCUAUGAGACUGUAUGUUGGCUCAUUGCAUUUUAACAUCACAGAAGACAUGCUCAGAGGCAUCUUCGAGCCAUUUGGAAGGAUUGAUAGUAUUCAACUGAUGAUGGACAGUGAAACAGGACGAUCAAAAGGAUAUGGCUUUAUCACAUUUGCUGAUGCUGAAUGUGCUAAGAAGGCUCUGGAACAGCUUAAUGGCUUUGAGUUGGCUGGCAGACCAAUGAAAGUGGGACAUGUGACAGAGCGCACUGAUGCCUCAACUGCCAGCUCCUUCCUGGACAAUGAUGAGCUGGAAAGGACCGGCAUUGAUCUGGGAACGACUGGUAGACUGCAGCUGAUGGCUAGACUGGCUGAGGGUACUGGUCUGCAGAUCCCACCUGCUGCUCAACAGGCCCUUCAGAUGAGUGGCUCCAUGGUAGCCAUGGCUGCAGCUACGGCUGCUAUGAACCCUGGAUUGAGUUUUAACAUCAAUGUGCCCACAAACCAACCUUUGAAUCUACCUUCACAACCGAUUGCAACACACUGUUUCCAACUGUCUAACAUGUUCAAUCCAAACUCAGAAAAUGAUCCUGGUUGGGAAGUUGAGAUUCAGGAUGAUGUCAUUGAAGAGUGCAACAAACACGGUGGAGUCAUACACAUAUAUGUGGACAAGAAAUCAGCUGAAGGUAAUGUCUAUGUGAAGUGUCCCAGCAUUCCUGCUGCUAUGGCUGCAGUGAGUGCAUUACAUGGACGUUGGUUUGGAGGUAAAAUGAUCACAGCAGCUUAUGUCCCUCUUCCUACAUACCACAACCUUUUCCCAGAGUCAGUGCAGGCAACACAGCUUCUUAUGCCCAGUCGCCGGUGAUCAGUCACCCCUGGAAGAUUCUAUCUUUUCAGCCUUGCUCUUUUUAACUUUUGGACAAUGAUAACAGUUCUGCAAGCUGUGGCUGGGUUGUUUUGUUUGGUUACGAAUCCAGUAAGGUUAAACAUUUCACCUGCAUAGUGUCCUUACAGGUCAUGGACUUGAAAAAAAAAGUUUCCUAUGUACAGCCUACUUAUUGAAUUUUGCUUCUUGAUCUUUUAUUGUUCGUACAUAAUUUUUUUUUUUCCUUUCAACAUGUAUAGUCAUUGUGAUGGAUCUGGUUGGCAUGUUUCUCACUCGAGGGAAUGUACAAUAUUGACAGAUACACAAUAUAAAUGGCUUGUAUUUAAACUGCAAUUUUGAUCAGACAUGAACAUAUUCAACUUUUUAGCUCUAUGAGCUGUGGGAACUAAAUGGCUGACAAAUCUGGUUAAAAAACAUCUUGUUUUUUUGAAUCAAGAUUUGAUUUUUGUAAAGUACUUGAUAAAAGUUAAUUUCAAAUAAAGCAACAAA